GGCUCCAUCGAGUUGCUGCCAUGGCGGAGGAGGAGGUUGCGCUGCGCCUGGAGGCCGUGGAUGCUGAGCUCCAGGGGGUUCAAGCUCAGAUUGCCGUUCUCUGCGAUCGCCAAGCGCGUCUUCUUGAGGAGCAAGCGGAGCUUCGCCAGCUGAUCGACUGCUGCAGAGCUUCCGAGGAGGAUGAUAUCCAAAUCAUUGAGCAGGACUGGUCUGGAAACUUUGAGUGGGAUAACGAGGCAUCCAACUUGCUACUCAAUGUCUUUGGCAUUUCCACUUUCAGGCGGAACCAGAGAGAGAUUGUAAACGCGCUGAUGAGUAACAAGAAUGUGGUCGUUGUUAUGGCGGCAGGAGGGGGGAAGAGUCUGUGCUAUCAGCUUCCAGCUCUUCUCCGGCCAGGAAUUGCUCUUGUUGUUAGUCCUCUUCUGUCCCUUAUUCAAGACCAGGUCAUGGGACUGGCUGCUUUGGGAGUCUCUGCCGCCAUGCUGACUUCGACAACCUCCAAGGAGGAAGAAAAGGAGAUUUAUAGAGUUCUUGAGAAGGGCGACGGAAACUUGCGGAUUCUAUAUGUUACUCCGGAGAAGAUUGCGAAAAGUAAACGUUUCAUGUCGAAGCUUGAAAAGUGUAACCGGGCCGGACGUCUCUCUCUUGUAGCUAUCGAUGAAGCACAUUGCUGCAGCCAAUGGGGACACGACUUUCGGCCGGAUUAUAAAAACUUGGGGAUUCUGAAGAAGCAGUUUCCUAAAGUACCUAUGAUUGCGUUAACUGCCACUGCAACUGGACGAGUUCAAAGAGAUUUGCAGGAGAUGCUGCAAAUCCUGCCAUGCGAGAGAUUUACAAGCUCCGUCAAUCGUCCGAACCUUUUCUACGAGGUAUUUCGUUUCGUAAGGCGCGAUGAUCGGCAUCUCUUGUUUUUUUCGUUUUCUAUUUUGAUUUCUUUUGUCCAGGUCCGUGAUAAAAAGCAGGUUGCGGCCGACGUUAUUGAAGACAUCGCAUUGUUUAUAAAGGAGACUUAUCCAUCCAAUGAGUCCGGAAUCGUUUACUGUUUCUCACGUAAAGAGUGUGAGCAGGUCGCUGACGCUUUGCGGAAGCGUCAAAUAUCUGCUGCUCAUUAUCAUGCGGACAUGGACUCUGGUCUUCGAACAAAUGUUCAUCGAAGGUGGAGUAGCAACCAGCUCCAAGUGAUUGUUGGCACGGUGGCCUUUGGCAUGGGAAUCAACAAACCAGAUGUGCGUUUUGUUAUACACCAUACCCUCAGUAAAUCCUUGGAGACGUAUUAUCAGGAGAGCGGACGUGCUGGCCGUGAUGGACUUCCAUCUCGCUGCGUAUUAUAUUUCAGGCCAGCUGAUGUCCCUCGACAGAGCUGCAUGGUGUUCUCCGAAAAUACGGGCUUGCAGAAUCUUUACGCAAUGGCUCGCUAUUGUCAGUCGAAACAAAGGUGUCGGCGAGCGGCGUUUUUUCAAUAUUUUGCCGAACAAGUACAAGAAUGCAACGGAAUGUGCGAUACUUGCGCAUUUGAGAACGACGUUGUUGAGAAGGAUGUCACGGAGUACGGCAAGUCCCUCGUGCAGUCUGUAAUGGACGUUGCGGAGAGUGACAAGAAAACUACGUUGCUGCAGCUUGUGGAUCUGUGGAGAAGUCAGCUACGACAGGCAGGUGACAAGGAGAUGAGUAAGGACGAUGCAGAGCAGAUCAUUCUUCAACUAAUUCUAGAUGGCACAUUGCGAGAGGACUUUCAACAUACUGCUUAUGCUACAAAUGCCUACGUAAAGGCAGGAUCGGCAGCAAGACUUAUAUUGCAAGGCAAAAGAAAGGUCAUCCUUGAACAAUGUGAGAAGAGAGGACCUGUGAAGACAACUCUGGACGAUUGCGCCAUGCAGUCUGGCAUGGCUCGUAUGCUUGAUAAACUUCGCCAGACACUGGCUGCUGCCGACGGUGGCCUUUUUCCUUAUGCUGUGCUUUCUUCUGAGCACAUCAAGAGACUGUCCUCACAAGUCCCCACAUCAAUCACGGAGCUGGACGAAAUCAUUGGCAAAACCAAGUCAUCCAAGUAUGGAGAGCAGAUAAUUACCGCCUUAAACGAGUAUACUACAAAGAAUACAGAUGAUCCGGACACGAAGGAGGCGUCUUCCAGCAAGAGGGUGGCCACAACUGGCGGUCAGGCGAGGCAAACUAAAAGAAGCAGGAAUGCAUGACCAAAAGAUCUCAGUCUUGUCUGAACAGCCUCCGCCUCUCUGAUCCUGCCAGCAGCAGCAUACACGUUAGACAGCAGUGUCAGAGCCGAAUUGGCAGCUCUAUUUCCUGGAU